GUAGAAGUGAUAAAGAAUUUUUUCGCUUAAUUUUAAUUACAACAUAAUCAGAAAUUUUAUCUAAUUAUCGAUAAAAAAAAAUAGCAGCAGAAGGAAUAUUCCCAAAAAUUAUAUAGCAAUAAAAAUAAUUGUGAUAAACAAAUAAAACAAGGCGUUGCUGUCAGUGCAACUCAAAAUUUUUCGUGCGAAAUCGUAGAAAAAGGAAUUUACAUUAAAACAUUUUACCAAACGACUGUUUUGCUGAUAAAAAAAUCAACAGAUAUUUAAGCCCUUUGUGUUUGAGUGCUUUGGGUGCUUUGAAAAAGCGUUUUUGCUGAAACAAGAAUUCUUCUUUAAUUUUUCAACGAGUUUAAUAAAAUUCGCCACCACGUCGCAGUUUACUUGGCUAUUUAAAUCACAACACGUUUGUGUUUAUAAAGUUAAGAAAAAAUCCUACAAUUCAGUUAAUAUCACUUAAUCUUUGCCUUGCGUUACAACAACAACCACCUUGUUGAAUUUCAUUCAUCCGUAUAACAAUUUUAAAACAACUCCUUAAACCGUUAAUAAGGCUUACGCUUACGUCACUAACGCCGCAGUAACGUUAACAUGCCAGUUCAGUCACCUAUUGAAAUUAGCAAUCGUGUUAUCGAACAUAUCGAUGACAUCGAUCCCUUGGAGUAUCAUGGCCAUUGGGAGCCGGUGGGUGUGGCGCGUGUCGUCAACACUGGCACCUCGGCCAUGGUAACGUUUAGUAAACGCAAGGAGCAGCCUUACAUACUACACGGUUGUUUGGGCGACCAGAAAUAUGUUUUCGAACAGCUGCAUUUCCAUUGGGCCGAUACCGAUGAAUCGGGCUGUGAACAUACUCUCGAGGGUAUCAAAUAUUCAAUGGAGGCACAUGCUGUACACUACAAUGCCAAGUAUAAAGAUUUCUCAGAAGCUAAAAAUAAACCCGAUGGCUUGGCUGUUGCCGCAUUCUUCAUACAGGCUUGUGGAGAAAAGGAUUGUCCGGAAUUCAAGAAAAUUACAGAAGGUAUUCGUAUUGUACAAAAAAUACAUACUACUGCUUCGGUUGAUUCAGGUAUAGAUUGUCUGUCGUGGAUGGGUUUGCAGGAAUUGAGCAAACAUUAUUAUACAUAUAAAGGAUCUCUAACAACUGCACCAUAUUUUGAGAGUGUUACAUGGAUUAUAUAUCGGACACCAAUAUACGUUUCAAAAGGACAGGUUCAAGUUUUUCGUAAUCUCCAAUCAUGUCCCAAAGAUGAGACAAAGAAAAUUGUAAACAAUUAUCGUGAAAUUCAAAAACCGAAUAAAAAUCCUGAAAUUAUCUUCGCUCGUAAUGCUAAACCCAAAUCGAAAUUAUGAUCUAAUCAUAUUGAAUAUUACUACUUUAACAACAACAAUUUCAACAAGCUAAUCAUCAUUCUUUAAUCAUAUCUUUAAUAGUUUCUAAACAAAACAACAAAAAAAAAAAACAAAACUUUCUAAAUCUUUAAUACUUCUUUUUUAACUAAACUAAAAUCGUAAAUUAGAAUUAGAAAUGAAUUAAUUAAUCGUUACCAAGUAGAAUUCAAAA